CCGACCCCCAAAUAAACAUAUCUAGGGUUGCUCCUCCGGCUGUCCUCUCUCCUUCGGUAUCCCAUAUAAAGCCGCCUCUUCUUCUCCCUCUUCUACUUUCACAGCCUCUGCAAGUCUUUUCCGUGUGCGCGAGUGUGUGUGUUACAGAGACGAUGAAUGCUGUUGAGUUGGAGGAGACGGAAAAGGGCGGCGGCGCAGCGGCGGCAGCGGCGGCGGCGGUGACCCUGGAGGAGCUGAGGAAGAAGAUGACCGACUUCGCCAGGGAGAGGGACUGGGAGCAGUACCACAGCCCAAGGAACCUCCUGCUUGCUCUGGUGGGUGAGGUGGGGGAGCUCUCUGAGAUAUUCCAGUGGAAAGGGGAGGUGCCCAAGGGGCUGCCCGGGUGGGAAGAGAGGGAGACAGAGCACCUCGGCGAGGAGCUCGCCGACGUGCUCCUCUACCUCGUCCGCCUCUCGGACAUGUGCGGCGUCGACCUGGGCAAGGCCGCUCUGCGCAAGAUCGAGCUCAAUGCUCGUAAGUACCCUGCCGGGCCAGGCUGCAGGCCAUCCAAGAAGGGCGCCAAUUGCUCUGACGACGCACAUGACAGCCACGAUUAUCGUGGCGACGUCGUGACUGCCACCCGCGCCGACGAGACCAAGCAGGAACAUUGCUAGCUAACAAUGCGUCCUGAAUCCUGAAACGCGUACUCUGAAUUCUGCCUUGCCAUAGGCAAGCACUUGGCUCACUAGAUCGAUCAUUUCAUUGGUUAUCAAUGUGAUCAGUGUUGGGAAAGCAACUUACCUUUAUUGAAGGCCCAUGGGGCAUAUAUAUAUUAUACAUGACUUGAGGUGUAAAAAAAUAAACAUAGACUAAUAAGGACUCCUAGACUAAUACUAAUACUUCCUAACACCCCCUCUCAAAUGCAAAGCAUAUGCAAUAGUAUUGCAUUUGAAGAAGUGUAAUA